UAUACAUCAUAGAAUAUCACAUAGUCGUGCUUAAGUCUGAUUUUAGUAAGGGGUUUCAUAUAUAAACAGAAGAGAAGCUAGGACCUUGGCUUUCUGAUAAGUAACAGAUCAUUGCUGGUCAAAAUGAAAUUCUUGUUGGUCCUCGUUGCUGUAUUCGCAGUUGCCUACUCAAGGCGCAUUGAGUUGAAUUCACUCGUAAACAGAAUUCAAGAUUAUUCCAAGAGGAUCGAAAACACCGAUUCUUCACCAGAACAACUCCAAGAUCUUCUUAAGGAUGGUCUACAAGAAAUAACUUCCCAAAUUGAAAUAGCAGUCUGCAAACGCAAUACAACAAAACUCUACGAAGCAGCUUUGAAAUCCGUCAAAUGCGCUCAAGAAUCCAAAUCUGAAGGAGUCAUCUGUGACAGCCUUGGCGCCGAAUUCAAAAAAUGCAUUGAGCCCAUCGAAAAGGUUUUCGAAGAGUGUUUGGAAGCCAAAUUCCACGACAUUCCAAAACUCAUCAUCAAUGCUGUUACAUCAACCACCGAAUAUCUCUGCAACUCCAAAGUUAGAGACAUCGUCGAACUCAGCAACCCAUGCGCUGCUGUUGAACCUGAAAACCUGAAAUCUUGCAUCGGUGGUAUUGAAAGCAAAAUCAAGAAUAUCAAUGCUGUGACCAACUUGAAGACUGAGCUUUGUGGGGAAGCUGUCAAGCAAAAGUCCUGUAUCCUCCAACAGAUCAACAAGAACUGUAAGAACGAUUUAACCAAAAAGAGUUUCAGCGACCUUUACGAAGCAGCCAUCGUCAAACCCUGUUCAGCCUGAAUAUGAAAAUUCUGAUUUUAAUUUAAUCGUUCUUUUUUGUAUUCUGUGUAUUUGUGAAAUAAAUUAACGUUUAACAAUAAUACUUUUA